GCAGUCCUUGGUUUGCCAGUGGUACUACUGCAACAGCCAUGUUCCGUGUCUGCGUCGUCCUGGCCUUGGCCUCCAGUGCUCUUGCUGGGUUCCUCAACGGUGGUCACAGCCUCGCCGGUAGUGUUGGUCUGAGCAGCUAUGGUCUUAGCCACGGACUUGCCUAUGGACCAGCCGCCAGCUACUCUGUUUCCUCUCCUGCUGUUUCCGGUGCCAUCUCCACUUACCAGGCUGCUCCAGCCGUGACCGCUGUUCAAGCUGCCCCAGCUGUCACCGCUGUUCACGCGGCUCCGUCUGUCGCUACUUAUGCCGCGGCCCCAGUCGCCACUGUUGCCGCUGCACCCGCCGUGUCUCGCGUGACCUACCAGUCAGCUCCAGCUGUCACUACCUAUGCUGCCCCAGCUGUUUCCCGCGUCACCUACCAGUCAGCUCCAGCUGUCGCUACCUAUGCUGCCCCAGCUGUUUCUCGCGUCACAUACCAGGCUGCCCCUGCUGUGACUAAGGUUUACCAGUCCGCCCCAGUUGUGGCUGCUGCCCCAGCUGUUUCCACCACCUACCAGGCUGCCCCAGCUGUCGCCACCGUCGCUGCUGCUCCAGCCGUCUCCCGCAUCACCACCUACCAGUCGGCUCCAGCGGUCGCUACCUAUGCUGCCCCAGCCGUCUCCCGCGUCACCUAUCAGGCUGCCCCAGCUGUGUCUACCACCUACCACGCUGCCCCAGCCGUUUCCCGCGUCGCCUACCAGGCUGCCCCAGCUGUCACUACCUACAGUGCUCCAGCUGUCACCAAGGUCUUCCAGUCCGCUCCAGUCGCCGCUGCUUCCCCAGCCGUCACUAGCUACGCUGCUGCUCCAGCUGUGUCCCACGUGACCACUUACCAGUCCGCCCCAGUUGUUUCUGCUGCCCCAGCUGUGGCCACCGUCGCCCACGCUGCCCCAGUCGCCACCGCUGUUGCCGCUCCAGUGGCCACCUACGCUGCUGCUCCAGCUGUAGCUACCAUCCAUGCCGCCCCAGCUGUUGCCACUUCUACCCUUCACCAUGCUCCAGCUGUGGCCACCAUUGCCCACGCUUCCCCAUCUUUCGCUGCCUACAAUGCUGCCCCAGUCUACGGCUACGGUAUUGGAAGCCUCGGCUACGGUGCUGGCCACUAUGGUCUCGGCCACGGCAUUGGUGUCUACGGCCUGAACUAUGGCUAUGGUCUUGGCACUCCAUUCGACUACACCACCCUGCUUCGCAGGAAGAAGUAAAUCAUCUUCAUCUUCAGAGGACAUGGCGCAUCGAAAGUAAGACGAAGAUGGCCGUGAGCUUAUGCUCUGCAGUCCACAUUGUUAAAAAUUAUUUCCCAAUAAAUGGUUCCUGUGAUACGAUUA